CUAGGGCUUUUGAUACCAUGCCGGCGAGCCCCCGCAAGUUCCCCACCAACCCUGACACGAAACACACCCGGCCAAUCGCCCGAGGACCUUUAGCCUUUGUUGCAUGCCGUAUUACAUGUAAAUCAUAAAGCAGUGGCGAUAGGUUGAUAGGAAGGGACCCGCAAUUCAACUCGGGCGGGAUCUCUGCACUAACUGCGGGGCGCUGUUGGUCCUAUUUGCUGCUGCAAAUGGCGCCCGUAGCUGACCCCAAGUCUAAACGAUAUGAUAGGCAGAUUCGCAUUUGGGGAACGCACGGCCAACAGCGACUCGAGAGCUGCUGCAUCUGCUUGCUAAACUGUGGUCCCACUGGCUCAGAGACGCUUAAGAACCUUGUUUUGGGAGGAAUUGCAUCGUUCACUAUUGUGGAUGGCGGUAAAGUCGAGGCCCGCGACUUGGGCAACAAUUUCCUGGUCUCUGCGUCCAACCUCGGCGAGCCACGAGCAAAGGUUGUCACAGAACUGCUUCAGGAGCUGAAUGAAAGCGUGUCGGGCAGCUAUGUUGAGGAGGUGCCGGAGGUCAUCAUCGCAGACAACCCGGCGUUCUUCAACGGCUUUGACCUGGUCAUCGCGACGCAGCUGCGGGAGCAGGACGCGGUGGUGCUGGACGGCAUCUGCCGCGCCAGCGGCCGCGCCCGCCUGCUGCUGGUGCGCAGCUACGGCCUGGUGGGCUACCUGCGGGCCAGCCUGCCUGAGCACCGCAUCGUGGAGUCCAAGCCCGACUCCCAGCUGGACGACCUCAGGCUGAACGCGCCCUGGCCCGAGCUGUCGUCCUUCGCCGCCUCCUUCGCGCUGGAGCAGCUGGACGAGGUGGCGCACGCCCACGUGCCCUACGUGGUGCUGCUGCUGCAGGCGGCUGCCCGCUGGCGCGCCGGCCACGGCGGCGGCCUGCCCGCCACCAGCGCGGACAAGGCGGCCUUCAAGGCGGCGGUGGGCGGCAUGAGGCGCACCGCGGACGGAGUGCCGCUGCCGUCUGAGAACUUCGAUGAGGCGCUCAAAGCCGCCUUCCACGUGUGGACGCCCUACGCAAUACCCUCGGAGGUGCGGGCGCUGCUGGCGGAUGACGCCGCCUCCCUCAGCGGUGCCGGCGGCGGUGCCGGCGGUGCCGGCGGCGGCGGUGGCGGCGGCGGCGGCCUGGGUCCGGGCAGUGACGACUUCUGGGUUCUGGUGGCGGCACUGCGGGCGUUCGUGGAGGGCGAGGGCGGCGGCUGCCUGCCGCUGGAGGGGUCCAUACCCGACAUGCACGCCACCACCGACCUGUACCUGCGCCUGGCCGCCGUGUACCGGGACAAGGCGGAGCGCGACACCGCCGCCGUGGAGGGCCACUGCCGGCGCCUGCUGGCGGCGCUGGGCCGGCCCGCGGACGCCAUAGCGCACGACACGGUCCGCAGCGCCUGCAGGCACGCCCGCCACCUGCGCUGCGUCAGGUACCGCACGCUGGCGGAGGAGACGGCGCCCGGCACGGCGCGCGGCGGCGCGCUGGCGGCGGCUCUGGCGGCCGGCGGCGGCGGCUUCCUGGGCCCCUCGGACGCGCCGCCCGGCUCCAGCGAUGCGGCGCUGUAUGUGCUGCUGCGGGCGGCGGACCGGUUCUUUGCGCAGACUGGCCGCUACCCGGGUGACGUGACGCCCGGCGACCCCUCAGACGACAUCCCGCUGCUGCGGCAGGCGGCGCAGCAGGUGCUCAUAGACACAGGCGUGGUCCCCGGCGGCUCGGGCGGCAGCGCCAGCGGAGUGGGCUUCAACCCGCGCAAGAGCCCCGACAGCAGCAGCGGCAGCGGCGCGGCGGCGGCGGCGGCGGUCAGCGAGGACCUCAUUGCUGAGUUCUGCCGCUUCGGGGCGGCCGAGCUGCACGUGGUCGCCGCCUUCAUGGGCGGCGUGGCCGCGCAGGAGGCCAUCAAGCUGGUGACGCGGCAGUUCGUGCCGCUGGCCGGCAGCCUGGUCUACAACGCCAUGUCCGCAACCACCACCGUGCUGGAGCUGUAGCGGCUGCUGCUGCGGGGCUGUGGUGGUGGAGCUGUAGGGGCUGUAGCGGCGGGGGAGAAGGGCCUGUAGCUUGUAUGGAGGUGGGGGCUGUAGCUGGUAUGGAGGUGGUGUGGGUGGAGCUGAUGUGAGAGGUGGGGUGGGGUGGGGUGGGUGUGUGAUGGGAUGGGGUGGGGUGGAGCUGCAACAUGAUGGGAUGUGGGGAUGCGGGCUCAAGGCAGCUGGGCGUACGGACAAAUGGCCAUCCCGCGUCCAGAUGUGACAGGUCCAGGUGAUAUGUUAUCGGCGAUACACCGAAUGGGUUUGUAGAUUGUGUGGGUGGGGGAGAGCGCGAUGGUGAGCGCCAUGCUCUCACACUCAGCAAUAUUUCGCCGGCAGGGUAUGAUCGGGGCUGUACUUAUGCCCAAUGAACUUCGACUUUGGCAUUUCGUCCUUACCAGUUUUCUGGUUGAUCUCGUGCCGGAGUGGUCUAACGGGUGGGUCUCAAGGACUUGAGAAUUCCCAUGUUGCAAAACGCGUGGGUUCGAACCCCACCGAGGUCACACAAUUUUACAUGAGGCCACCCUGACCUUCACCGCCCCAUUCGUCUAAUAUUGCUUU